AUGGCUUCGUCUUCAGCUGUCGUCCGGCCCUUUACUGAUGCGCAUCGGAUUCACGUCCAACGAUUGUAUCGAAGAGCGUUGAAACAGUCCCUGGAUUGGGUCGUAUUCCGAGACAUUUGGAGACAAAAGGCCAUCGAGAUACGGGUGAAGUUCGAGCGCAACCGGGACGUGCGGGACCCACGAGCGGUGACAAAGCUACUGCAUGAGGCCGAACUCCUCCUGGCUAAAACCGAGCAUCCGGAUCCGUAUCGACUUCCGAUAUUCCUGGCCCUUUUAUGA